AGCCGCUGGAGUGAGAGCUUUGUGGACGCCGCCAAAGAAACUCACCGGCAUGGACGCAAGCGGCCGGAUUGUGAGGCACUGAAUGAGCUCACCUCACCUUGGAACAUUGUUUUGUCUACUUACUAAAACGCAGAAACGAGUAUUUUUUUUUAACAGCUUCAUUUUAAGGCACUGACCACGCAGCGUGUCCGAAUUGGAGCACCUAUUCCCGGCGGGAGCGCACGCCGAGGAGUCCCUGGAUCCCGGAGGGAUUUUUACCACAAACACUCACUUUUCAACCAAAAAAAAAGCAUCUUAGUGGAAAGAAAGAGAUGAAUUGGACAUUUUGGAGCCUCUCCUGGACUUGAUGGAUGCAUGUGGAUGCAGCGACAGCCACAGGUCAUCCAAGGCACUUGUCAGCCUCACCCCGUCAAACACCGAGGGUUCAGUCAAGGACAUACCGGGCCUGGACUCGAGCCGAAGUUGUCCACAAGGACAUGUACGUGGUACCGAGCUCACAUGCUCCCGACUGACCGACGCUCAACCGUCCUCACCGGCCCAAGCGCACGUAAAAGUCUGCCCCUUACCUCCUCGGUUCCCACUUGUGUGUGCACAUUCAGCAAUGGCGAGACUCGCUUGUUGGAAGUAUUACCUCUGGAUCUUUAUCUUCAUGUGUAGAACGGUGCUACUUUCGGCCAAAUCCCUGGAGCCCAUCAUUUGGGGCUCGCAAAAUCCCAAGUUUCUGGCUGGCAAAGGCCUGAUUAUCUACCCAGACAUUGGGGACAAGCUGGAUAUCAUCUGUCCCAAAGCAGAUCAAGGCCAAGAGUACGAGUACUACAAACUGUACUUGGUGAAGAGGGAGCAGGCGGAGACUUGCAACACGGUCCUUGAUCCAAAUGUCCUGGUCAAUUGCAACAAAUCGGAGAAAGACAUCAAAUUUACCAUCAAAUUCCAGGAAUUCAGCCCCAACUAUAUGGGCCUUGAAUUCAAGAGGAACGUCAACUACUACAUCACCUCAACCUCCAAUGGCACAGUGGAGGGCCUGGACAACCGCGUGGGAGGCGUGUGCAAGAGCCGAGCCAUGAAAGUCAUCAUGAAAGUCGGGCAAGUCCCAAAUGCGGCAGUGCCAGACGAUCCAGAAGAUAACGCCAUACCUGAGUCCAGUGCUAAGCCGCCAGAUCAGGAUCGAGUUGGACCUGAGAUGCCUGGAAACCCUGACACCAUGAACCAGGACCAGUCCGGUUCUUCCGCCAACUCGGACAGCAUCCUGGGCUCCAAGGUGGCCGUGUUCUCCGCCAUCGGCGCGGGUUGCAUCAUCUUCCUGGUGCUCAUCCUCCUCCUGGUCAUCUUGCUCAUUAAGAUGCGUAAGCGGGCCAGGAAAAACAGCCACUCGCAGCCCCGCCCCUCGGCGCUGUCACUCAGCACGUUGUCCAACCCCAAGCUGCCCGGGGGCACUGCUGGCACGGAGCCCAGUGACAUCAUCAUUCCACUGCGGACAGAGAACAACUACUGCCCUCACUAUGAGAAGGUGAGCGGCGACUAUGGCCACCCGGUCUACAUCGUCCAGGAGAUGCCGCCGCAGAGCCCCGCCAACAUCUACUACAAAGUCUGAACCUGGUUUAUGUUCCUGGAAAGAACUCUUUGCUUUGCUUUUGGGGACUUGAUUCUUCCUUCAAGCCCGUUUUUUUUUUUUUCUUUUUUUUUUCAGUUUUUUUUUUCUACCACCUGCCGCACAAAUCUGGAGAGACGCACCAGAAAGCAGAGACCAGACUGACGAGAGAAGUUUAUUAUGUGCGUUCGGGUUGCUUGGAAAUCCCCGCCCUUUCUUCCUCCUUUCAGUACCGUCUCCCUGCUGUGGGGUCAAAGGUCAGGCUGGCUGGCACAAACCAAAAAGACGGGACUUCCUGGUUUGUGUGUCCGCUUUAAUGGAGCGGAUAUAACCCUAACCGGCUCCCCUGACGCGACAACACUCAAACCAUGCACACUAGCCAGAAACAAGGCCGUUUGUGCUGCACGUGUGUGUGUGUGUGUGUGUGUGCGUGCGUGUGUGUGUGUGCACCUGUGUGUCAGCAGGGUGUCAGCUCCACUCUCCAGAUAGCUCAGGUAUCGGACACGGUGUGGGACCUGUUGUGUUCCUCUCCCUUUGCCUUACUUUUUGAUGGAGGACUUCUUCCUCAGCCCUGAUUCAGUUCACAAAGCAGUCAUAUUUUGUUAGACUUUUCCUACAAGUGCACAAUGUAUAGUUCUAUAGAUAAUCAUUAUUAUUAUUAUUAUUAUUAUUGGUAUUAUUACUACUCAUCCCACCGCUCAUCUCAUCCAUUACAUGGAAACCUGGACUGUUGCUCUGAAGGUGUCUCCAUAACUGUGGUGUUUAUGACCUACUUGUGCGUAUUUUAGGGUUUGUCAUGUGUGUGCGUGAAUGUGUGCGCGCCCGGGCGUGUCUAGACCUCGCACCUAGGAGGACUUACUUGCCAAAACAGUGAGUUACUGUAUUGGAAGCAAAAAACACGACAAACCGACAAGACCAAAUCCCUCCGGCGUGGUCUGGUUUCUCUUUGAAGACGUCGUCGUUUGUGCGGACACGUUGAAAUGUGUCAGGAGUCGAGUGCGGUGUGAGGGGCCGCAUAGUUGUCCUAUAUUGCAUGGCGAGGCGCAGAUGGGAUACAGUAUUGUUUGAUGCCAAUUGGCUGCCAUCUGCGGAUGAGUCAGCGGAGUUCACACUAAUUUGUGCCAUCUUCAUGCCCACAUGCACCAGCCGGGAGAGUAGCGCGUGUUCCUGCGAGUUGUGAGGAAGACGGUUGCGCUUUAGGUAGUUUGAUUUAGCGUCGGGGUGUGAAUUGAAGGGAAAAAAAAAAAAAGAUACAAUUCUACAGUCGAGGUGUUGAGGCUGCAGCUCACUUAUCAGCAGCACCGGGAGCUCGAAUGUGUGCUCUGCAGAAGGCGUUAGGGCCGGGGACUAAUUGCUUGUAUAUCUGUGUGUGUGUGUGUGUGCGUGCGUGCGUGCGUGCGUGCGUGCGUGCGUGCGUGCGUGCGUGCGUGCGUGCGUGCGUGCGUGCGUGCGUGUGUGCUUGUGCAGACCUGUUUUGGGACAGGAAAUUGGUGCUGCCGAUGUAAAGCGCAGUCUCACCUAAUGAUGUGUGAGAGAAGAGGACCGCCAUUCUCCAACAUGCACACACACACACACACACACACACACACACACGCACACACACACGCACACACACACACACACACACACACACACACACACAGAGGCGCUCGGACACAUGACGACUGACAGGCUUAGGUUGACGUACAAGUCAGACCGCCGCUCGGGGUUCAGAAGGCGGCCAUCAUCCAGCGUGGAUGUUAGCCGCUGAGACGCUGGAGUGUGGCUAACAACCUAACCAGCUGCUUUCUGUGCUCCUGUGUUUUAAGUCAGCAGGCGUUCCUCGGCCAAACACAUCAAAUAUUUUGCCUGGGGAUCAGCGUGCCCUCGGCGUCAUGCAGCCAAGGGAGUCGUUUACCGCAUUACCACAAAACCAUUUCUCAUUUUUCAGCUAUUCUUCUCACCACUGUCAUGCUAUUCAGAUUUGGGGGAGAAAGCAUGGAAGGGAUAUGUAAAUAUUAUGCAUAGAGCCCCGUUUAAGAUGUAAUUUCACCCCAGACACUGCUUAUAAGUACACAAAUACAGUUAGAAUUUUGUAACGGAGGAUAUUUGUAAAUAGCAGUCUUUUUAAACUGUGUUUUGUAUGAAUCCCUUCUCGUCUCUGUUUGCAAUACCUUUCUAUUUUCGUUUCUUUUCGAGACAAACACAGCUGUCCAGUAUUGUCUUUCCCACCGCAAGUGUUGCAGUUUGGACGCACUUGUAGUGGUCUUUGAGAAGGAGAAUCCAUCCUCCUGUGUUGGGAACACUACUUAAUGAAGACUGUUUGAACACAACACUACUAUGAGCUACCUACAUGUGCACCUCCACUAGCAAUCGUAACACUCAAGUCCCUGAUCCAUGAGUUUCUUGUCGGUUUUAACAAGCGCGCACACACACGCACACACGCAGGCGCAAGGAAACGGCAACAAGAAAAGGAGCCAUGUAUGACCCAAUAAAUCAUCCGUUUAAGUCUCCGUUGUCAGAGGUCGACAACCUUUACUGUUUUAUUUUUGGGGAUGUACUCAUGGUUAGCUUACUGCAGAUGUCCCAGUUACCACACACACACACACACACACACACACACACACACACACACACACACACAUACAUGCACACAUCCCUUUUCCGGGACUAGAGAUGGGUAUCAAUUAACUAGUGCUGUCAAACAGUUCAUUUUAAAUCACAUUGAUUAAACUUAAACAGUUUAUUUACCAUAUUUUAUAGACCGUAGAGCACACCAUUCUGUAAGCCGCACCCACUACAUUUUGGAAGAAAAACAUAUUUUUUCCGUAUUAGCCACAUCAGACUAUAAGCCGCAGAUAUAUACGUUGCAAAAUGAGUUAUUUACACGGAAAGAUUUUGUGAAAGUUUAUUUACAUACUUUCAUUGUCGGUGCCUGUAUGUGGCAGUAAAACGGCGGAUCAAAAAAAACAGAACCACUAGACACGAAAGCUAGCUCUUCAAUCAGGUAAAUAGACUUAAUAACUCCACAGUGACAUCUUGGUGGAUUUACGAAAAUGAAACAAUACAAAAAGAAGACCAUUGAAAGUUAGUAAUAUUAACAAGUGUUAACAUAUUACAUCAUGCUAAUGACGUUAGCUUGAUUACAUUACGAUGGCACGUACAAUAAGCAUGAAAAAACUACUAUCAAACGUGUGAAGGUUUAGUAAGUAGAAAUAUUGUAAAAUUUACAAACGUUGGCAGCAGUGAUGAAUAAAGACACCAUACGAGUAGAAACACUAUAGAAGACAAGUACUUGUACUUUUCGUUCAAGGAACGAAACAGGAAGUACAUUUUGAACCCUCAGCACAAACAAUAUAAAAGGUGUGUUAUUGUUUGUGCAUUCAGGAUUUCUGUCUGUGUUUUAUGAAAACUUUUUGCUGAUGACAAAACAUCAUCGCCGUUAAUGACCAAAAAAAUAUAUAUAUAAAUUAGCCGGACUGUUUUAAAAGCUGCAGGGUUCAAAGCGUCGAAAAAAAGUAGCGGCUUAAAUUCCUGAAAAAUUAUUUGCAGUAAAUUGCUUCUUCUCACCUCCAAAGACAUGCACCUGGGGAUAGGUUGAUUGGCAACACUAAACUGCCCCUAGUGUGUGAAUGUGAGUGUGGGUGUUGUCUGUCUGUCUGUCUUGGCCCUGUGAUGAGGUAGCGAUUUGUCCAGGGUAUACGCCGCCUUCCGCCUAGAAUGUAGCUGAGAUAGGCUCCAGCACCCCCGAGACAUCGAAAGGGACAAGCAGUAGAAAAUGGAUGGAUGGAUGGAUGGAUACUUGCAUUAUGUAAAUUCCCUUUAUUAAAAAAAAGACGCCAAUAUUUUGACACUAUUUAAAUUUCAAUGUCAAACAGCAGUAAUUAAAAAAAAAUGUUUUAAGUCAUUUCCAACCCAAAACUUUACCACCAUGAUUUAGAUAAAAGAAUGCAUACGGUCAAACCUGCAUGUACACAUGAUUGGUGCCAUCUUUUUCUGUUGUUAAUCACAGCCUGAAUUUUAACUGAUGCCAAAUUGUUACUUUUGAAUCCCAAAUGUUUGUAUGCCCUUUAAAAACUCUGACUUUUAAGGUUAAAAAUUGUUUUUAUAUUUUUUACUGCAUUUGUCAACUUCAGCCCAAAACAAAAAUAUCCAAAUUGAAUGUUUUUUAACAUGGCUUCAUGGUCAAAUAAUGUCACAGGUUUAAAUUAGUGGAAAAUAAUUCAUGUUAUAAAAACAUACCAAUUGAGAAUUGUGACACAAUUAGAUCAAAAUGCCUUCAAAAGAGUUGAAAUAGUUGAGAGAUUUGAGUAAAAAAAAAAGAA